CCCGUGUCGCCCCACCAUACCUUCUCGCUAACCAACAGCACCCUUAUAUUAUCAAUAGACAGCAGAUGCGAUUUUCCUAUCUUUUUUUUUUUUUUUUUGGAAUAAAGAAAUUCGCUGAUUUCAUACCGUACGGGAAAUUUCAAGGUUUUUCCUGGAAUGCCGCUGACGUCGUCGGCGGGUGGGAGCACAAUCUUCGUAUUGCGAGAGUGGAGAGCGGGGUAUUCACACUGGGGCAAUGGAGUACCUGUUCUGCAGGUUAUCCUCGUUGGGGUUUGUUUGUCUCGCUCGGCGGGGAAAGCAAGGGCGAGUAUCAUACAAGUAUUAGGUUUGGCUUGGUGGGAAGUUCCGUUGUUGAUGUCAUUCGGUUGUGCCUGUAGGGGGGUGUAUCGAUAUGAUAUAUAUUAUGGUAACAGGGUUUUUUUGGGGGGGUAGCGGCCUUUUUCCCCCUCAUUUCCGGGAGCGGAACCCCCUUCCCCGCAAGGAGCUUGCUCCUAACAGCUAACAUUGUACUUAGCUGGCUGGACAUUGCGAGGGUCAGCUCAAGUUAUUUUGAUGUUUGGAUUACUGAUAGGGGAUUUGUCCAAGUUGAUUGCUGGAGCGAUUUCACUGGUGGAUGUUGCACAUGGGUUCCACCCCCAAACACCAAAUUGUCUGUCUCGUACAGUAGGUACUGCGGUGUUGUGUGAUAUUAUCGGCACGGCAAUCCGCGGAAGAAUCGUAAGGGGACCAACGAUUGAUUCAUCGGGAGAACUACGAUAGGUUCGAUAGAGUCCAGCGCAGAGGUCUAAGAUUCUAUCAGCCGGGCUCCACCAUGUGCCGUAAUAUGCAAAGCACGUCUCAAAAAAUAUGAUAAGGAAAUCGGUGGAAAAAAAAAAAGGUGAUCGAACAUAGUAUAGUGCCAUACCUUCUCUGUGGAUAACUUAGCGGAGAUUCGGCAGGAGAAAGGACGAGAAGAAGAGGAAGAAGGUUUGGACAAGUAACAAUAGAUAUCUUUAUCUACUGAUUCCGUCAAAGAAUG